AUGCCGGAUGAUUGGAAGCUAAGCAUCUUAAUACCAAUCUAUAAGGGAAAAGGAAGUGUGAUGGAUUGUGGUUCAUAUCGUGGGAUAAAACUACUGGAGCAGGGUAUGAAAGUGCUAGAACGAGUUUUGGAGAAGAGAUUGCGAGAUAUUAUCAAAAUUGAUGAUAUGAAGUUUAGUUUUAUGCCAGGAAAUGCUAUCUUCAUUGUGAGAAGGAUGCAGGAAUGUCAUCAUGAUAAAAGGAAGAAACUGUUUAUGUGUUUCGUAGAUCUGGAGAAAGCUUUUGAUAGAAUACCACGUUCUGUUAUCGCUUGGGCAUUACGUAAAAGAAUGGUUCCAGAAGGUCUGGUGAAAUAUGUCAUGGUGACUCAUUGGCAUUGCCCUAAUUUCCAUGCAUAUUUUUCUGCUGGAAAUUCAUUUCCUUCAAUUCUUGGAGACAUGCUGAGUGAUGUCAUUGGAUGCAUUGGUUUCUCUUGGAUUGCUAGCCCAGCAUGCACGGAACUGGAGACAAUUAUGCUGGAUUGGCUAGGCAAGAUGAUUGGUUUACCAGAUGAGUUCCUGGCUGAGGGUAAUUCCAAGGGAGGGGGUGUAAUACAGAGCACGGCUAGUGAGGCAACGCUGGUGUCACUUCUAGCAGCAAAGAUGAAAACAAUUCGUAAGGUUCUUGAGGAAGGGCCUGACCAAGACCAGUACGACGUUCUGCCCAAACUAAUAGCAUAUACUUCAGAUCAGGCACAUUCAUCAGUUGAACGAGCAGCACUGAUUGCUUCGAUCAGAAUGAGAAUUCUGCCAUCAGAUGAUAAGAAUGCUCUCCGUGGAGAGGCAUUACAGAAAGCAAUAUCAAAGGACAAAACGAAUGGCUUGAUACCGUUCUUUAGCCACUGGGGCUCAUAG